AUGGCGAGAUUGGAUCAGCGGUUGGAUCAAGUGGUCGAUCAGUUGACUGACCGGAUGGCCGACUUGAUCAAUCGUAGGAGGCAGAGACCCAAUGACGGGUAUGGUUCUGAUUUUAGUAACCCAUUUGGUGAUGGUUCGACUUCCGAAGACGAACAGGAAAGGCGACCAAGGGGUGAACGUGGAGGGGGUAACAGGCGUUGGGAUUCUAUGAUAAGGAUUGAUAUUCCAGAAUUUGAUGGGUCUAGUUUGAAUCCGGAGGGGUUCAUCGAUUGGUUGGCUACCGUGGAGGAGGUGUUUGAGUACAAAGAGGUGCCUGAAAACAAGCGGGUGGCCUUGAUCGCUACCAGGUUACGUGGUAGGGCCUCUGCGUGGUGGCAACAAUUGAAGUUAACACGGGAGGCUCGGAAAGUCAAGGAUCGUGACAUGACCAAGAUGAAGAAGUGCUUGCGGUCCAACUUUUUGCCUCAUAAUUUUCAAAGGUUGAUGUACCAACAGUUUUACCAGUUGAUUGCUAGGAAUGAUAUUCAAGAACCGGAGGAACAACUUGUUUCUCGGUAUAUUGGGGGUCUGAAGGUUCAAAUCAUGAAGUCCGUGAAUCUUUUUGACCCGUUAACCAUUCCAGAGGCACACAAACGGGCAUUGGCCUUUGAGAAGCAAAACCGUUGGGUGGGGGGUUCAUUUACCCCUGCUGGAGGAAACGUUGGGUCGGGCAGUGGGGUACCUCGUGGCAGGCCUAGUCAGCAAAAGUCGGGGAUUAACAAUACCGGGUCUACUUCUAAGGGGGCUAGUAGUAGUGGCCUGAGAUAUUUCAAUUGUGGUGAGACAGGCCAUCGUCAAGCUGAGUGUAAGAAGGCUGGUAAAAGACACUUGUUUGCUGAAUCUGAGGAUGAUCAGUAUGAAGAAUAUGAAAAUAACCCAGUGUACGAUAAAGAAACUGAGUAUGAAGAAGAGGUUGUGACCGGUGAUGUUGGAGUGAACUUGGUAGUCAGACGCUCUUGCUAUACACCAAAGGCAGAUGGGGAUGACUGGCUUAAGCAUAACAUCUUCCACUCAACAUGUACUAUUUUGGGAAAGGUAUGCAUGUUUGUUAUUGAUUCGGGUAGUUGUGAUAAUUUGAUAUCUGAAGAGGCGGUCCAGAAGUUGGCUUUGAAGACACAAAGUCACCCCAAACCUUAUAAGCUUCAAUGGCUUAAAAAGGGAGGUGAAGUGACGGUAUCUAAAAGAGCCCUUGUUUCUAUUUCUAUUGGGUCCACAUAUAAAGAUGAUGUUGUGUGUGAUGUGGUCCCUAUGGACGCGUGUCACUUAUUAUUGGGUAGACCUUGGGAAUAUGAGCGUAAUAUAGCGCAUAAUGGGCGGUCAAAUACUUAUAGCUUUCUGUUUGGUGGUGUGAAGAUAAAUCUUGUUCCUAGCAAGCCUAAGCAGUUAGCCACAAAACAGUCGGGUACUCUGUUGACCAUUAGUCAGUUUCAAGAUGAGUUCGAGGAAGCAGACAAUGUUUUUAUUUUGAUAGGGAAGACAGUGCCCGAGGAAGUCGAAAUUCCUGAUGCUAUGGUUCCUUUGCUGGAAGAAUUUUCUGAUGUCUUCCCUGAUGAAUUGCCCGGUGGAUUGCCACCUUUGCGUGACAUCUAA